AUGCCCGCUGUUUCGGUGUUUGAAAUUAAACGUGGAAAGAUUUGGAAUGCUCUGACUGAUAAUUAUGGUAACGUAAUGCCAGUUGACUGGAAAUCUUCCCACACCAGAGCUUUGCACUUGCCAACACUCAAUCUUUCAGAAAAAGGGGUAAAUGAUAACUUGAACCUUGACCUGUCAGAUGAUGAAGAGCUGAGAGAACAGUUGGAUAUGCAUUCUAUCAUCGUUUCCUGCAUCAAUGAUGAACCACUCUUCACAGCAGAGCAGGUGAUUGAAGAAAUAGAGGAAAUGAUGCAGGAAUCACCUGAUCCAGAAGACGAUGAAACACCCACCCAAUCAGAUCGGCUCUCCAUACUUUCCCAGGAAAUUCAGACACUCAAGAGAUCCAGUACAAACAACAGCUAUGAAGAGAGAGUAAAACGAUUGUCUGUUGCUGAGUUAAAUGAACUGCUAGAAGAAAUUGAGACUGCUAUUAAGGAUUAUUCUGAGGAACUGGUACAGCAAUUGGCUCUACGAGAUGAGUUGGAGUUUGAGAAGGAAGUGAAAAACAGCUUCAUUUCUGUCCUCAUCGAAGUACAAAACAAACAGAGAGAACACAAAGAAACGGCAAAGAAGAAAAAGAAGCUGAAAAAUGGUAGUCCUCAGAAUGGCAAACAAGAGAGAGGUCAUAUGCCUGGAACACGCUUCAGCAUGGAAGGGAUCUCAAAUGUCAUACAGAAUGGCUUCCGCCACACGUUUGGAAACUCGGGUGGAGAGAAACAGUACUUAACAACCGUCAUUCCUUAUGAGAAGAAAAAUGGACCCCCGUCUGUUGAAGAUCUUCAGACGUUAACCAAAAUCCUCCAUGCCAUGAAAGAGGAUAGCGAGAAAGUGCCAAGCUUGUUAACAGACUAUAUUUUAAAGGUACUGUGUCCUACAUGAAGAGGGCUGCCUUUCAGAAUUAGCCAUGCUCCUUCCUGUGAUGAGAAGCUUUCCAUCGAUAUAACUCAUAGUAUUUUUUCAUUUGGCACUAUACCUAAACUAGUAAUCCAUUUACCUCCUCUGUGUGUGCGUGGAUUUUCUGAUCCUACAGUAAGUCUUCUGGGCAUGACAAGUCAUCCAUUUUAACUUAAUAGUGCAAUGAACUGGAGCAGGGAACAAACAUUGUACAGUUUUGCUCACAUUGUUCUGGCUUUUUAAAGUCUAUUUUUACAUUGUAUAGCAUGUAGUAAAUCCUCCUGCACAUUUUGUUGUUGGAAGGAAAACUAAACUUUGAAUAGUGUAAAUAAAAUAAGCCUAGUUUUAAGGAAUCCAUAUUUAAAAGCAUCCUUAGUUCCUAUAGCAAAGAUGCAAAAAGGAUCAUAGUUGGGCUUGGAAUAAAAGCUUCAAGUGCGUUCUCCAGGAAGCACUCCAGAACAGUGUUGGUGGAAGUCAGCAUUCGACACUUCUUUUAAAAUGGUAGCUUUGAUUGAACUAUACAACAGUAUUGUUGGUACAGUGAACAAACCCAGAUUCUUUGAUGGUUUGGCGUAAGUGAUUGGUGUGUUACUUAUCCUUGUUAUCUAACACAAACAUCCAAGUAAUGUAAUAUUUCAUAUUCAUUUUUAUUUUCAUUAUUCAUGUUCAUGUGGCUUAGAUAUUCUCCCAUAUUGCUGCUAUAAUUUUACU